AUGCUGUCAUCUCUGUUGGAUCGACUCUACGCUUUAACUCAGAACAAGCACAAAAGUGUAUGGACGUUAGGGUUUCUAAUAGGCCUAGCCACAGGUCUAGGUGCAUUAGCCUUUUCCAAAAUGCACAAGGCAUUUGUGUACGCAUACGUUCGACGGAAAGUACUCCGGGUCUCGCCCAAACAUGCUGCAAAAGCUUGCCCAUAUCAGGAUGAGUUUCAGCCCAUUGAGUUAGUGCGAGGAGGCUCGAUUGUGUCAGGUGUUGAAGGACUGAUAGGCAACACACCUCUAGUGCGAAUUCAGAGUCUCUCUGACUUGACAGGCUGCGACAUUUUGGGAAAGGCCGAGUUCCUCAAUCCAGGUGGCAGUCCAAAGGACCGUGUUGCAUUACAGAUCAUCAAGGAAGCCGAAGACAGUAAUGAACUCGUCCCCAACGUUGGCUCAUGGAUCUUUGAAGGAACUGUGGGUUCUACCGGGAUCUCAUUGGCCACAUUGGCGUGCGCGAAGGGCUACAAUUGUUGCAUUAUCGUACCAGAUGAUGUUGCAGAGGAAAAGGCUACUCUUCUUCGUCGGCUUGGGGCCAAGGUGGAAUGUUUUGUGAAUGAGGCUCGUUUCCGCGCACAGCAAUGGAUGCCCAGUGAUAACGAACCUUAUGCUCGUGCUUACUUUGCUGAUCAGUUCGAGACCAAUGCUAACUUUUACGCACAUUACGAUCACACAGGGCCAGAGAUUUGGUCCCAAACCCAUGGGCGAAUUGAUGCCUUUGUCGCUGGUACAGGGACUGGUGGCACAUUGUCUGGUGUAUCGGCGUAUUUGAAAGAGAUGUGCGCCGCGCAUGAUGAUCAAAGCAUGUUAGCCUCAUCGAUCUUGACGGUUGCAGCAGAUCCACCAGGCUCAGGUGUGUACAAUCGAAUCAAAUACGGCGUCAUGUACAGUGAGACGGAAGCAGAGGGCACGCGCCGACGGCACCAAGUCGACUCGGUUGUCGAAGGAAUCGGCUUGAAUCGUUUGACACGCAAUUUAGAGAUGGGACUCCCUUUCAUUGACACGGCGGAGCGCGUGUCUGAUGAUGAAGCCGUUCGCAUGUCCCGUUGGCUUGCUAAGCAUGAUGGUCUGUUCCUGGGCUCGUCGUCAGCAGUGCAUUGUGUGGCUGCUGUACGAACGGCGUUGCGACUGAAACAGACCAUGGCCCAAUCACACCCAGGUGUCAGACCAGUCAUUGUCACCAUCCUGUACGUAUGCAGUUGGUCCACGCGAGAACCUUUCUAA